AUGCUGCUGUCAGCUCUCCUGGUGAUUCUGGCAAGCCCCUCAACCGCCUUUGUAUUUCCUCCUGCUUCCGUCCAUAACCGAGUGCCAACUUCUACAUGUGUUGAUUUUGAUUUUGAAGCUGCAAGUCCAAGUAAAUCAUCCAUUAUUGGAAUUAAUAUGGUUCCUGCAUCUGACUCGGAGAUCACUGAAGAAGAAUCGGAAAUUUCUCUGGCAGAACUGGAUCCUGAGAUUGCCUCAUGGAUCGAUGCCGAAGAAAAACGGCAAAGAAAUGGUCUGGAGCUCAUUGCGUCCGAAAACUUUGUGAGCAGGGCCGUACGAACUGCUUUGGGGAGUUGCCUCACCAACAAGUACAGUGAAGGAGGAGUUGGGAAACGGUAUUAUGGAGGCAACGAGUUUAUCGAUAAAAUUGAAACAAUCUGCAUGGAGAGGGCACUGGAAUUGUACGGACUUGACUCGGACGAGUGGGGCGUGAAUGUCCAACCCUAUUCUGGGUCUCCUGCUAACUUUGCAGCUUACACGGCCCUCUUGUCCCCCCAUGAUCGCAUCAUGGGCCUCGAUUUACCAUCAGGGGGGCAUUUGACACAUGGAUUCCAAACUCCCAAAAAGAAAGUAUCCGCCACCAGCGUCUACUUUGAAAGCAUGCCAUACAUUGUUUCCUCUGAAACCGGAUACAUUGACUACGAUGAAAUGGAGCGUCGAGCAAAGAUGUUUCUUCCGAAACUAUUGAUUGCAGGAGGAUCUGCAUAUCCACGCGAAUGGGAUUACGCUCGUAUGAGAAAGAUUGCUGAUUCCAUUGGAGCAUUGCUCAUGGUAGAUAUGGCUCAUAUCAGUGGAUUAGUGGCCGGGGACGUGGCUGUGAGUCCAUUCCAAUACGCCGACAUUGUAACGAGUACAACCCACAAGACCUUGCGAGGGCCGCGGUCGGGCAUGAUUUUUGCCAAGAAACAGUACAUGGAUGACGUCAAUGCCGCUGUAUUUCCUUCGCUUCAAGGAGGACCACACAAUCAUCAAAUUGCAGCAUUGGCCAUCGCGCUCAAGGAGGCAAACAAACCAGAAUUCAAGGAGUAUGCAAAAGCCAUUCUAGCAAAUGCCGACGCCCUCGGACAGGGACUCCAAAAGAGAGGACACAUUCUGGCGACGGGAGGAACCGACAAUCAUCUACUCUUGUGGAACGUGAGGACUCUGGGUCUCACUGGGUCCAAAGUAGAAAAGGUUCUGGAGCUGGCAAGCAUGACAACCAACAAGAACAGCAUUCCUGGUGACACUUCUGCCAUUAAUCCCGGAGGCGUGAGAUUGGGGACCCCAGCACUCACUUCGAGAGGAUUGAAUGAACAAGACUUUGACCAUGUAGCAGACUUUCUUCACCGAGGAUGUCAGCUAGCCAUCGAAGCACAGGAUUCCAUUCUCGAGAGUCGGCAAGAGGAAGGAGGGGAAGCCGCGUCCAACAAAAAGGUGCUCAUGAAAGAAUUCCUGACCGAGCUGCAGGAGAACACAGACAUCAAAGGAAAGAUUGAGGCUCUCCGAGAUGAAGUGGAAUCAUUUGCAUGUCGAUUCGACAUGCCAGGAGAUUUGUGA